AUGUACUUCUGCCAUCAAUGCGAGCGCACCGCCACAAUUGCCCCCUCCCCGGGUGGCGAAAUCCUCUGCCCCUCUUGUAACUCCGGUUUCGUCGAAGAAUUCCAAAACCCUAGCCCUGAUCCUAGAAUACCCGACCCUUUCUACCCCGACCCGCUCUCCCUCCUCCUCUCCCAAUUCCUCCCCCCCGCCUCCGCAAACCUCAACCCUAACCCUACGCGGAGGACGGCGCCGACCGGGGUGUCUGCGCACGGAGCCGACGCUUUCGACCCGAUGUCGUACUUUUUGAACUUUCUAGCCAACAGCCGCGCCAGCGGAAUUGACUACCAGUUUGUGAUCGAGGAUAACCCGUCGGAUUCCGGUUUUUCUCUGCCGGCGAAUAUUGGAGACUAUUUUGUGGGGCCCGGAUUCGACCAGUUGAUUGAGCAGUUGGCUGAUAAUGAUCCGAAUCGGUACGGUACUCCUCCUGCCGCCAAGUCUGCCGUUGAGGCGCUGCCGAGUAUUACCGUUGACGAGGCUUUGAUGAAAUCCGACUUGGCUCAGUGCGCUGUGUGUAAGGAUGACUUUGAGAUGGGAACUGUGGUGAAGCAGAUGCCUUGCAAGCACGUCUAUCAUGAAGAAUGCAUUAUGCCUUGGCUCGAGCUGCAUAAUUCUUGCCCCGUGUGCCGCUAUGAGCUUCCGACCGAUGAUCCGGAUUAUGAAAGCGGUGGUAAUUCCGGCAGCGGUGGAGUUUCUCGAGGGAAUGGCGCUGGCGGUGCUGGUGGUCAGGCGGAGGGUUCAGAUGGGGAAAGGGUGGUGGAGAGGAGGUUGACCAUAUCAUUACCUUGGCUGUUUGGAGAGUUUGCUUCUGGAUCAGGGUCUGAUUCGGGUGGUGAGGGGGAAGAACACCAUUAUCGAGAACAUCACUAAAUGUGUUUAGCUUUUGCCUUGUGGAACAGUUACAUCGGCGCAAUGGAGGAAUGCUUGUAACCAAGGACAUAUACAGGGUUUACUUGCAUGAGAAAAUCAUAACCGUCGUUUUAAGCUUUUGAGCGAAAAGUCUGUUUCGAUAUUUUUCUUUUUUGUAUAGUUGGUCUGUGUAAUCAUAUCAAAAUUAUAGUACAGAUUUUGGUUUUGGAUGGCAUUUUGCUACAUUUUUUUCGCUUUUUAGUUGCUUAAAAAAACCAGUCACAUUCGAAUUCUGCAGCUGUGUUGGCCAUUUGAGCUAAUAUAGACUUGGGUUUGUUUUUCAAGAGUUAGUAGUUUUUUGAUA